UGUGCUGUUCCAGAUCCAAUACAGACAAAAUGUCCAGCAGAGGUGGAAAGAAGAAGUCCACCAAGACUUCCCGCUCUGCAAAGGCUGGGGUCAUCUUCCCCGUAGGAAGAAUGCUCCGUUAUAUUAAGAAAGGUCACCCAAAGUACAGAAUUGGUGUUGGAGCUCCAGUGUACAUGGCCGCAGUACUUGAAUACCUGACUGCGGAAAUUCUUGAACUGGCUGGAAAUGCAGCAAGGGACAACAAGAAGGGUCGAGUCACUCCUAGACACAUCCUGUUGGCUGUAGCAAAUGACGAAGAAUUAAAUCAGCUAUUGAAAGGUGUUACCAUAGCUAGUGGCGGGGUAUUACCAAACAUCCACCCUGAGCUGCUGGCAAAGAAGCGGGGAUCCAAAGGGAAACUGGAAGCCAUCAUCACUCCACCUCCAGCCAAGAAGGCAAAGUCUCCCUCACAGAAGAAAACUGUAUCAAAGAAAGCGGGAGGCAAGAAAGGAGCAAGGAAGUCUAAGAAGAAGCAAGGAGAAGUGAGCAAAUCAGCAAGUGCUGACAGCACAACAGAGGGAACCCCUGCAGAUGGAUUCACAGUCCUGUCCACCAAAAGCCUUUUCCUGGGCCAGAAGCUGAACCUUAUUCACAGUGAAAUCAGUAAUUUAGCCGGCUUCGAGGUGGAGGCCAUUAUCAAUCCUACCAAUGCUGACAUUGACCUUAAAGAUGACCUAGGAAGCACUUUGGAAAAGAAAGGUGGCAAAGAAUUUGUGGAGGCAGUCAUUGAGCUUCGCAAAAAGAAUGGGCCCUUGGAAGUAGCAGGAGCGGCUCUCAGUGCCGGUCAUGGACUGCCUGCUAAAUUUGUGAUCCACUGUAACAGCCCAGGCUGGGGUUCAGACAAAUGUGAAGAGCUGCUGGAAAAGACAGUGAAGAACUGCUUGGCUGUGGCUGAUGAGAAGAAGCUGAAGUCUAUUGCAUUUCCUUCAAUUGGCAGUGGCAGAAAUGGUUUCCCGAAGCAAACAGCUGCCCAACUGAUCCUGAAAGCCAUCUCCAGCUACUUUGUGUCAACAAUGUCCUCUUCAAUCAAGACCGUGUACUUUGUGCUCUUUGACAGUGAGAGUAUAGGGAUAUACGUUCAGGAAAUGGCCAAGCUAGAUGCCAACUAAGCCCAGAAAGUUAUAAAACCAGCCGUCUUGCCCAUCUCCCCCAAAAAUCCUUAUCUCAUUGUGAGGCAGAGCACCCCGUAUUUUAAAUUUUGCUCAUCUAGGGGAAUAAAGGUGGUGGGGGUUUUUUGGUUUAUUUUUUUCCUUUUUGUUUUGUUUUUGUUUUUUCCUUUAAAUAUUUUUGGUUGACUUUUGUUCUGUUUUGUUUUUACUUUCUAAAAUGUUUUAUGUUGGCACUGAUAGUUGGCAUUACUGCUGUUAAUGCACUGUAUUCCAGGCAUCGUCUGAAUUUAGUGUAAUCUAGGAGAUUUUAUAGUUUUAUUUUAAUGAAGUAUGGAUCGAGAAAGAAAGUUGUUAGGAGUAUGUAGUCUUUUACUUGUGAAAGAAACGGCAGACCCUAUUUUGUAACUGUGUUGUGGUGCUUUAUCAAUACACUGAGUGGCGUUCCUUUCAUUUUUUUAAAAGAACAGAUGCUACAAACCUAAUUUGUGUUUGUUUAUUGUCUUAACGAUGGAUCUGGAAACAAAAAAAAAACCCCAUUGUCCUUAAUUAUAUUUACAAUUUGGAAUUUGUGUGAAUUGAUUUAGUAAAAUGUUUGAACUGUUA